CUGUUAAACAAAGUAUUCGGAAAUUAGAAGGGAAAGAUAAAUGAUUUCUGAGUUUAAAAAGUGCCCCUGGUGCGAAUUCGGUGAUACCCGCGUCCGAGCCUGUUCGCCGCAGUCGCAGUUACGUACUAUUAAUUUUGCACAAUCGUAAUCAGUAGUGUCACUACUUGAAGUAUUAAUACUAUGAUGCAAUUUGUUUGACGUUAGAUCUUUCAUCGUAAAUUCGUAAUCAGUGCCACUAGCGCUACUACUCAUUGCAUUGCAGCUUUUUUAGAAUUUCUGAACUUUUUUAUCACAGUUUCGUCUUUCUAAGCGACUUUGCGACCCGGAGCUGUAACCGGAAUCUUCGGACGUUUCCAUUCAGAUUCAGAGCAAUUUCGCUUGAGUCUAGUUUGAUGCAAAUGCAAAAGAGUGUUCUGGUUAUCAAGAAGAGUGGCUUAUCCUGAGUUUAACUUCAGUUUAGAAUGUAUCGUCGGGUGGUGGAAGCAGCGUGGUCGGAAGACUCCGCCCAAAUACUAUCGGCUCUCAAGGACCUCGACACGACUGCUUGCUCCGAAAGCGAACUGGAGAAGUUGGCCUCAGUUUGUUUGGCCGCAGCGGACCAGGAGCAUGCCGUAUACAAAAUUCUAACAGCCACGGCAACCUACACGUACAAUAUCUCCCCCAGACACUUGACGUUCAUUAACCAGUCGCGUGAUAAAGUGAAAGAACGGUGCUUCGAACUCCGCCAACGUAUUUCGGAUAUUUUCGGCGAGCAGGUGGUUGAAACAGGAUUAGGACCUGAGAAAAUGAAUGUAUUUUGUUUGAUGGAGAAGCUAGAGUCGGAACUGAGUGGCAUGGAAGCUGGAAAGCUAGAAGCCUCCGUUCCCAAUGCGUCUCCCCAUCUGCUCAAAGACUUAGAAGCGGCUGCUAAAGUGAUCGAUCUGAAGUUGGUGCCCUGGAGUCUGCCCGUCAUACUGGGCAAGGUCGAAAACUACCAUCCGAAAGAGUUCGACGAGGUCGUCGAUGAAAGUCAGGGCCAAUCUAGACGAAUCUUCGUCCAUUACGGAAUGGUGUUCGCUCGUCGUCUCGGCACUGAUGUUGAUAGCUGCACCAUCGGAAGUCUUGUGCAUGACGUUAUGGACGGUAUGAACAACAACGGGAAGGAAUGUGGCCUCACGUUUGCCGUGUCGUACACGUACCCGAACCGCCUGGGCGGCGGCGCUCUCAUCCACGUCGUAUCCAGCGGUGGAGUGUACAGUAUCCGUGAGCGGCUGCCUGAUAAGAGUGGCCGGUUAGCAAACGUUGUAAUAUUCGGGAUGUCCUAUGACAACGAGAGUUUGCUGCUGUUUCUGGCGGAAGCUGCGGUAUUUCUCGGAGCGGAUACGGGCCAUCAGUAUUUUAUUGGCAUCCGCAUUAUGGGUCAGCACCGGUUUCACAUGAAAAUUUUCGUUUUGGGAAAAACCGCCGCCCCGAAAUCUGCGGAAGAUUUCGCUCUGACUGCGCCCGUGGAUCCCCAUAUGGCCAGCUCGAUGGUGGCUGGGAAACUGGUUAAUCAGCAAGCUCUGGAAAACUACAGCGACGCAGAGUUGGGCGAGCUGUUUGACGUUGUCGUUGUGCGUACUAUGGAAGCUGCUGAGACGAAUUACAAAGAAAGCGAUCGAUUUGUAAUGGAUUUGUCGUUGAAAUUGUCGGCAACGGUUACGAAGAUGUGUAAGCUUGACUUGAGCGACACGGUGGAAUGCGCUUAUCAUGUUUGGUUGCAUGAUCGCAAUCAGUCGCAAAACAAUCAAUCGAAUCGCAAGGGCGGAGAUGUAGAGGAUGAGAGCCAUGAAGAGGAAGAAUGAAGAGUGGAUUGCUUUGAUGCUUGUCGUUUUACAAUUACCCACAUGAACA